GCAGAUUCCAGAUUAAAAGCUCUUAAUGCAACAUUCAGAGUGAAAAACCCAGACAAGAGAUUUACUGAGCUAAAACACUAUAGCGAUGAACUGCAGUCUGUCAUAUCACACCUUCUGCGAGUCAGAGCUAGGGUAGCAGACCGGCUAUAUGGUGUCUAUAAAGUCCAUGGCAACUAUGGAAGAGUAUUCAGUGAGUGGAGUGCGAUAGAAAAGGAGAUGGGGGAUGGGCUGCAGAGUGCUGGCCACCACAUGGAUGUAUACGCAGCCUCUAUUGAUGACAUACUAGAAGAAGAGGAACAUUAUGCAGAUCAGCUCAAAGAAUAUCUCUUCUAUGCAGAAGCACUACGGGCAGUUUGCAGGAAACACGAACUAAUGCAAUAUGACUUGGAAAUGGCUGCACAGGACCUAACAUCUAAGAAACAGCAGUGCGAGGAGCUGGCAACAGGAACUGUGAGAACAUUCUCUCUGAAAGGAAUGACCAGCAAGCUCUUUGGGCAGGAAACCCCCGAGCAGAGGGAAGCCAAGAUAAAGGCUCUAGAAGAGCAGAUACAGGAAGGAGAAGAACAACUUAAGUCUAAAAACCUGGAGGGCAGAGACUUUGUGAAAAGUGCCUGGGCUGACAUUGAACGGUUUAAAGAGCAAAAGAACCACGAUUUGAAGGAGGCACUUAUAAGCUAUGCUGUUAUGCAGAUUAGCAUGUGCAAAAAGGGGAUUCAAGUUUGGACAAAUGCAAAAGAAUGCUUCAGCAAGAUGUGAUGAUGUGGAAAUGAAUUCCUCCUCCAAGUGCCAGGGAACGGAAGCACAAACGUGUAACACCGAUGUUAAGUUGCUACACGACUUACAUACAAAUCAUGAAAUAAAUGAGUCAAUAGUUUUUCUUUCUGCUGAUUGUAAUUGUUAAUAAAGGACAAAAAGGAUGUGUUAUUAAAUGUUUAGCCCCGAUUGCCACUUUUGUGGCGUAUUUUAUAUGUGGUAGCAAAUAAUUUGGGCUAAAAGAGUUACUGAAAACUACUGCUCUGUAUUGGGGCAAAGGUAUAGGGAAAGUUAUCCCAGAAAGUAUGAACUGAACUGAACUGUUCUGAGACUUGUCAAACGCCAUGCUCUGCAACGUGUAGAUCACUUCCAGAUGCCCUUCUUUUCAGCCCUUGCUGUUUAGAAUUUUUAAUGCUCAAGGGUGCUUUAGUUUUACAAUGGGACACACAGUUGUGUUCUUGAGGUCUACACCAUAAGAGGACAAAAAAUGAAAUAUUGUAACGCCUAGGGUUCAUAUUUAAAUGCCUUUGCGUGUCCAUAGAGAAAUAUGCUUUUCCAGAGUUCAGGUUAAGCAGUCUCGAGCUCCUGGGAUGUUUAAAAUUCUCUACAGUAGAGGUG